UACCCUGACAAAUUGACUGGACAAUGGCUAACUUGAGCCAGCAGGUCGUCGAACAAAUGGAUAUUAUCGUGGAUGUCGGUGGACUACAAUUCGAAAAUUUAUAUCCUGUGCUACUUCAGACAUUUGUUGUCAUCGUCCUUGGGUACUUGAGUGGUAGGUGGGGUAUAAUCGGUCAGGUGGAAUCUAAAGGUUUGAAUACCUUUGUCGGUAAUUUUGCCUUGCCUUGCAUCAUUUUCACGGCUCUAGCCGAGCUGGAUUUCAGCCGAGUCAAUUGGAUGUUUCUGAUGGCCAUACUGAUCAGCAAAGCUGCCGUAUUUGUUGCUGUCGUUGUAUUCACGCUUCUCUUGACCAAACCGAUGAAUUUCUCCAAAGCUGGACUCUUUGCCAUUUUCUGCACGCAGAGCAAUGAUUUUGCUCUGGGAUAUCCAAUCGUGGCGGCCGUUUACGGAAAUAGUCAUCCAGAAUAUGCCAAAUACCUGUACGUGAUGGCACCCAUUUCGCUAGUGUUGCUCAAUCCUUUGGGUUUUCUCUGCAUGGAAGUGGGCGAAAGGCUGAGAGAGAGCAGACGUCUUGCACAGAAAAUAAUUCCAAUUCAACAGGCGGAUGCUUCCACCGGAAGCGACAAUCAGCUUAGCCGAAAGGUUAGCACAUCUUCCUCUGGAUCGCUAUCCAGCUCCAAUCACAGUCGAAGUCAUGCCAAUCGUUGCAAGAUAUUCUUGACUGUCUGGAAAAAUAUGUUGUUUACUCCGAUUGUUGCAAUGACCGUCAUGGGUAUUGCUGUCAACUUUCUCUGCGAUCACCAAAUACCGGCCAUUCUAAAAAACCUGUGCGGGGUGCUCAGUUCGGCGUUUAGUGCGACUGCGCUCUUCGCCCUUGGCUUGCGAAUGGUUGGCAAAACGCAAGGUUCUGGUGGUGCCAAAUUCGUCGUACCCGGCAUUCUUAUUGGUGUCAAAUGUCUAGUUAUGCCUAUCGUGACCCGUGAAGUGACCCUUCAUUUAGACCCGGGGAUGAAUGGCAAUGCUUCACUCGACUUGAGUAAUUUGGGUUUUCUCCUGGGCACUUUCCCUUCGGCUCCUGGAAUUCUAUUUUACGCAAUACAAUACAACGUAGCUGUUGACAUGAUUGCUACGGCUAUGGUAGCCGGGACUUUCUUCUCGCUUCCAAUUAGCGUCGUCUCGUCGAAAAUGAUUUCACUCUCAUCAGCCAAUCCUGCAGAUUACAUCAGCUUACUCGAUUCGUUUUUGAUACGCAUCGCAAUAAUAGGACUCGUUUGCACGCUGUUUAUGCAAGUGAUCUUCUUGGCUAGUAAAAAAUGGAAAAAGGCACCUCAUUUCGUCACUUUAUGCCUGACAAUAACUCAAAGCAUGGCCUGCCUUGGUAUCAUCUUAUGGUACAACUUGGGCCGUGACGAACCGUGGAAAAAACACGUCCAAUUCAUGACGUUCGCAGUCGGUGUUUUCGGGUCACGGAUCUGGUCUGCUCUGUUAUCCGUUACUCUACUUCUUCUGCGCAUGAAGAAAUUAAGCUUCGUCCUCAAUAAAUGUCGUCCCUUUCUUCUGGUCGUCGGAUGGGGAAUACCUGUAGUGCUUUCUUCUUGCCUUUGCGCGUUCGCCACUCACAACCGUCUUGAAGGCGACAACCCCAAUUUCCAGUAUGGCAAACUCCAGGCUUUAGUAGCCUCAACUGUCCUGAUCGUCAGUUUUUCAGUCACUGUCAUCUGCUUGGUGUGGCAGCAACGAUUAAGUAAACAGCCAGCUAUUACUAGAGUGGCGUCUAGCGUCAGUAGCAGAAUGUCCACUUGCUCAUCAUCGACUUCCUUGUCGACGCCAAGCGAACUUCUUUUCGAUGCGUUCCAGUACACACCCAGGAGCAGCACUCGUACCAGCACCACGUCCAUCGACUCAAACAAUUUCCACCAUCUUCCCAUAAGCAAAGGUGCCCUGCUAGUUCAAGAAUCAUUUUACACCGGCGAUCCUUCUUCUUUUAACGAAUACAACAAAUCCGCAGCGUUGAUGGUUGAAAGUUUAUUCAGUCCGUGUGAUGAUGCACCUGGUUAUGGAAUGGAUGUGCCGGCCGAUGAGCUUCAGAGUCGUAAGGGAUCCUUGGCGUCGUUGAGCAGGAACCCACAGGCGAUGUUGGCUGGAAUGCGACUGACAGAGCCGGAGGAAUCGGGAAUCGUUCGUGAUCGCGACGAUGAGUUCCAAAUCACUAGACAUGUCGGUCUCCUUCUAACGCUUGGCUCUUCCAUGUUUGUCGGGAUUGCCGUCUGCGUGUGGACUUUGGUGAUGGAAGAGAUGACUGGCAUCUACGUCAUGUUACUCUUUUUAGACGAAACUCUUAAUUUCGGACAAGGAAUUUUUGUUUUAGUCAUUUUCGGCCUAGAACCUCGCCGUUUCCUGGCUCCUGUUUGGUCGGGAUUGAAACGGCGCAACAAGCUGAAGACGGUUGCCAGUUUGCUGUCGUUAACAGAAGCCGGCGAUGAGAACAAAAGAAACGAGCAGACCGUUGACCACACUUGCGAACAGUUCAUGAUGUUCUACAUGGACAAAUGCAUCCGAGAUUUGGUCUGCGAUCGCAAGUGGCACCUGAAGGAAUACAGAGACGUAUUCUGUGGCAACGAAAUGGUCGACUGGCUACUUUUGAUGGGUUUGGCACGCGAUCGUAGCCAGGCAGAGAAGUACGGACAAGGUUUGCUUGACGGAGGUAUAAUAAACCACGUGGACGGCCGAAAAGAUUUCCACGAUCAGCCAUAUUUUUAUUCGUUUACCCAGUGAUUAGCUAAUGCCAAUAAGAGGCUUGUUGACAUUGUAAUUACUUGACGUGAUAGUUAUGGAGACAAACGUCCGUUAAGCAGGCUACGUGAUGAAUUUCAGCGUCUCUCUCACGAGUUCUUUCCUGUAGGCGAUCAACAACUGCAAUGAUCAUGUUCUACUUAUUUAUCGAUAACUCUGUGGACUUUCGUGUUGUCCAUCUGUCGUUGAUUUUUCAAAGCUGAUUUGUAUGACCUUGGCCUUUUAUGUCCCUCUCGAUGAACUUUUCUAGCUUCACGAGAAUUUGAUUUUGUCAAACCAUAACAACUUAUUUGAAACAAAUUGCCAACUAUUUUUUAAAACAACUAUCGUUUUAUAUUUGUGCGCGACUUUUUAAUCGUUUUCCUUUUAUUGCCACCGUUAUAUUAUUAAUUGUUCGGAUUUUUCUUUGUACGUUUUGCGAUAGAAAAAAUGAUUGAAAGAUAUUAUGUAUUCCGCCAAAUACGAGAAGCACACUUUAAAAUGGAAGAAAAAUACAUCGUGAAAAACAA